AUGGCAAUUAGUAAACUGUGCCAAAAGUUUGACAAUUCCAGAAAGGGGUUUCCCGAUAAAUUGAAUGGUUCUGGAGAAUAUGAUUUUAAAGGUGGACUGCUCAAGAAAUACUGUCCUAAUAACCAAUGUGAAAGUGAUACCGAUAAAAUUAAUGCUGGAUGUUUAGGAUUAUUUAUUGAUAUGUUCGGUACACAUGGUUCUUCAUUUAGUCUUCGUACUUAUAAGGAUGAAGCUGCAUGCAUUCUGAUAUGGUUAGGUUAUAUAUUAACCCUAAAACCACAUAACGAAAUCACAAGUUUAAUGGAUUUUUAUUCUAAUUAUAUGCAAAAUUAUGAGAAGUACACUGAGCAUAUAAUUGCGAAUCAAAUAUAUAAAAAUUAUAAGGAAAUCAUAGAUGCAAUAAAGGAAUAUAUGAAUAUUGAUAUUAGUAAUAUGGCUAAAUUUUAUGAAUUACUUAAAUUAUUAUGUGAUAUGAAUAGUACUUAUACGAAAGAUAAAAGUACAGAGUGUUUACAACAUGCUAAUAAAUUUGUUGAUGAAUAUAGAAUGCUCCUUAAUGAUGAUAAAAAUAUUGACAACAGUACAUACAGUAAAGUAUUACGUGUUGUGUCCAAUUAUUAUAAUAAUUUUGAAAAAGGCAGAGAUUUUAGUAAAAUAGAAAUAACAUUUCCUACAUUACCAACGAAAAAAACAACCCCCAAAGUUGAAGUGGAAGGUUCUGAUCGAACUAAAAAAGUUGAAUCCUUGAGUGGAACCGGUAAAUCAGAUAAUACAAUGACAACUCUGAGUUCUAACACCACAUUAUCAAGUUCAUCAAUAUUAAAUAAAAUAAUUCCAGUUUUAUCGAUAUUUGGUGCAAUAGCAGUUUUUUUGGGAAUUUCUUAUAAGUAUUCGUUAUUUGGAUUUCGGAAGCGAUCUCAAAAACAUUUAAGAGAAAAACUAAAAAAAUAA